AGCUAAGUGAGUACCUUCACCAAGAUGCCGGCGGCGCAAGGGCGAACAUCGUCGCUGCUGUGACGUCAACGGAUGCGUGAAGGUGGCGAAUGGAGUUUGCGGAGAGACACCUGAGGGAGCGCGGCUGGUCCCGGGGUAAGGGGCUCGGUCAGCGGGAAGAUGGCAUCUCGGAGCCCAUCAAGGUGAAGGUGAAGUGUGACACGGCAGGGAUUGGCCACCGCAUGGGCGAACAGUUCACCUUCCACUGGUGGGACCAUAUCUUUAACAAAGCCGCCGCAAACAUCGUAGUGGAAACUGUGGAGGAUGGCGUGGAAGUGCGGAAGGACGGGAACACAGGGCAGGAACAAGGACCCAUCAGCAACAAGAAGCCACGGAAAGCCCAGCUCUGCCGGGACCUGCUGUAUGGGCGGUUCGUCAAGGCGGCCACGCUAACACCUGACAAACAGCAGCAGGAGGUGGCUCCAAGUCCAGAGGGGAGCGACAGUGACAGUACCAGUGAUGAAGAUGAGAAACUGAACCUCUCGUCGACCACCAGGCUGACCGAUGAGGAGCUAGUCCAGGCCUGCGGAGGCCGCACCGCGCACAAGGGUGCUCGACAUGGUGUGACCAUGAACGCCAAGCUGCUACGGCUGGAGGAGCAGGAGAAGGAGUUCAUGGCCAAGUACGGGCGGCAGCAGCGAGUGGCCGGCAGCGUGGGGACAGAAGGUGCGGACCGAGCGGAGGAGGAGAGGAAGAAGAAGAAGAAGAAAAAGCGCACCAGUCCAGCCGAUGAGGAGGGCGUGGAAACCGAGGGCGCCGGUCCCAGUGCGCAGACUGCUGAUGAGCUAGUCCCGAAGAGGAAGGCGAAGCGACACAAACGCAGACGGGGAACCGAAGGAGGACUGCAGAGCGAGAGCAACCUUGAGUGCAGGGACACGCGGGAUGGGAGGACGUGAUCUGUGGCCUCCCUCCCUCUGUGCCAUCGCCUGUCACAGGCAGGUUUCAACCUUUCCUGUGCUAUCCCUGCAUUUCAGUGGAUCAGUUUGUCAAAUGACCUUACUCGAGACCAUCAAAGCUCAAUGGUUAAAGCAUGAGUUACUCCCAUCACAAUGUUCUGGUAUAAGAAAUUCACACCGGCUCCCCUGAUUAAUCGGAGCAUCUCUAACUUCUGUUGUAUGUAAUGUUUUAGAAUUUUCUCUGGUCUGUCCCACCACCGACAAGAGGCAAACUGGCCUGCAUAUAUUCCUCCUGUUCUCCCAACAGGUGAGACUGGCCUGUAGUUAUUCCAUCUGACCACUUGUGUUUCUUCUCAUCUUUGUUCAUUAUUUCUUGUAUUUACAUUGUUCCUUUAUAUCAAUGGCUACAUGACAACAGGCACAGAGAACUUUAGAACUUUACACCUCAACUGUUUGUGUGACUCUCUAACAAGCUCCCCUCACUCCUUUCUAACCCAACCCUGAGAGUUCACAGAAUGCCUUUGCAUUUCUGUUACAUGAUGUGCUGCUACUUUCCAGUACACUGGGGUUAUAGUGUGGCAUUUAACUUUUGAUGCUCCUCAGGCCUUUCUGCUGUAUCAGAGCUACAGUACCCUGCCUUAAACAGGGAGGUUGGACAGAUAGCAAAGAGGCAGUGCCACUUGUUUGAAAUUAAACUCGAGUCAACUGAAACAACUUUAUUCAUUCCUUUUAUUGUGUAGCUGAAAGUCUGACCCCUGUUUGUGCUAGAGAAACAUUCCUGAUUAACCCCUGGCACCGUAACUGUGCUCCUGUGAAAAAGGGACAUUAUGUACUGAGCACUGUUCUUCAGAGAGGUGUUAACCCCAGCCCACGUUAACAAACUGCACAGUACUGACAGCGAGAAGAACUCUGAUCAGUUCCCCAGUAGGAUUGUCACACCAUUCCAAUUGGACACAAUCUUAGCUGGUGUUUCUGGGUGUUGGGCUCCCGGCAGGAUCUGAGCAAGCCUGGAGAUACACUUGGAAACUUCCACAAUGAGGUGAAAGUCUCAAACUCCCACGAGACAAAAACAAAAUUUAAAACAGUGAUUUGGCAGCAGGGACUGGGUAGCAGAGGGAAGACGGGGUGAGGGUUUCCACACAGCCAGUUGCUGUGCUGGGAGAUGCUGGGACUACAUUCAUCACGGACUGGUUAGCAGAGGAAAGGUGUGGGGGGGUGGGGGGAGCAU